AACAGACAAAAUUUUACCGAAAUCGGAACGCAUUUAUAAAAUAAACGGCACAGAUAAACGGGCUAAUUCUAUUAAGGGCUUCGGGGGUUUAUUUUGCUAAAUUAAAUUUAUUAUAGGUAUUAUAAUUUAUCUAAAUCAUUGUGUAAUGUAAUAAAAACAGAGUGAAAUUUUUAAUUUAUUUCUGUCCAUAAUGUUAUACGCAAUUUUAUAUCAAUAAAAUACUUACCGCGGGAAAACUGUGAAACGUUUGACUACAAUAAUGGCCGCAAUAGCGCCAAUGCUCUUCAUGUUUGUUAAAUUACAAUGAAAUACAAUUUAAAUUAUGAUUAUUCACUCGUGUUCAUAAGUUAGAAUAUUGAAUUUGAAAUGGAUAUCAACACUGAGGUCUCAACUCAAUCACUACUCGAUGUACUUCUGAGCGACCUUGACAAAACAAUCACACCAUGUGCUAACAAAAAGAAUGAGAAAAAAGAAGAAGAAAUACAGAAUGCCAUGCCAGACUCUACAACCAACACGGAGAAAAACAAUGCCAAUCCAUUCCAUUGUGGGGAUGAUGUACUCGUACCAAAUAAAGAUGGGAGAUAUUAUUUAGGAACUAUAGUCGAGUUGAGCACAAGCAAUGACAAUGACUCGUGUGAAGUGGGUACUGGGGUCGCGAGGUGCCUCGUCAAGUUCGGAGACGGCACGCAUUCCUGGGCGCCGGUGUCGACGCUCAAACUGCUUAUUGCGCCGCCCGCGGAUGACGGUCGUAUCAUGUGCGUGGUAUGCAAGCGUCGCGAAGGUCCCGCUGCAAGUCCCGCCAUUAACGCAAUAAUUGCGUGUGAUAUGUGCGGUCGUGGAUAUCACGCGAAGUGCCACUCGCCACCAGUCGAAUCAUGGAUAAACGGGGCAUCGUGGAAUUGUAAAAGAUGCGUCGACCAAAGGUACAGAGUAGCUGCAGCAGAAAACAGAGCUUUAAAGAGAUCAGAUUUGUUCAGAUUUAAGGGAGGCCAACAAAGGCGACAGCAGCAGGAACUAACUCCACCAUGUGAUACUGCAUCCACCACAUCUUCAACCGCAUCAGAAGCAGGGAAAGAUCAAAAUGAAACCCACUGUUAUUGUGGUGAAAAAAGUGAUUACCUUGCACAGAUGUUGCUAUGCUGCCGAUGUUCCCGUUGGUUCCACCAAAGAUGCGUAUCAAGCUUACAGUACCCUUUAUACGCUGGUGACAAAUUAUACAUAUUCGCUUGCGCUAAUUGUAACGGUGGAAUGGAAUAUUUAAGACGGUUGGAGCUUUGUUGGUUAGACUUGGCUCACUUAGCACUGUACAAUUUGACAGCUUAUAACGCACCCAAUUACUUUGAUUUAGAUAACGUUAUAAUGCCAUAUAUAAUGGAUAACUGGCAUGCGCUGCAAUUACCUGAAAAGAUGUGGCGAACGCCCGUAAACGAGCGACGUGAGAAAAUUCUUACAGCUUUAACAUCGUCACGGAAGCGUUUUAAAUGCGGUCGUGAGAUGAAAAAGCGCGCCACGAUUUGGGGUUUACGCUUACGGCGCCCACCGCCUCAACCAAUGCAAUUAUCAGCUUUAGAACAGGUAAAAAAAGGAGAGCCAUUGACUGAUGAAUUAGUAAAGGAAUAUGCUCCCAGACUUCGCUUUUUACCACGAGCGCCGUCACCACAAAUACAAUCAUUUAUAGACGACAGUUCACAACCAUCAAGUAGCAACAGUGAAAAAAGUUCCUAUAAAACUCAUAAUCAGCAUAUGAUUGUACCAGUAGACGGUCACUGGUUGAAUUUGAUGAUGGGGAAACGUUUUCAUGAAAAUCUUAACUCUAAUUCCAAUUCCGAAAAUGAUUCAACUAGUUCCUAUGAGUCUGUAAAACCUACUGACACAGAGCAACGCUCUUCUACAAUUUGUACAUCUACCGCUAGAAAGUCUGAUGCCAAAGAUGAUAAUUUAGAAAAAAUACCUGUGCUAAAUGAAAUUGAGUCAAAUGAAGCGAAGCCAAGUUGUGAAAACUCAUUAGUGCCAUCUCUCAAUGCAUCCUUAGUUCCAUGCUCAGUGAAAUUAGACAAAAUUUCCAAAACGAAUACAGAUAUAAUUGAUGUUAACAAAAGUAAUGCUAGCAACAUCAAUAUAAAUACACACUCCACUAGAAUAGCCACAAUGAACUUAGAAAUAUCUAAAUUAUCUACCAAAAACAUUAUUGAACAUUCCAAAAUAAUGUCACUUCAGCACAUGGAUAGUUUAAUUCCAUAUAGUAAUAACUUUAGCCAUGACAUUGAGUCCUCAGGUGAUGAAACUUCUAGUAGAGGUACACUUGAUGCCAUUAUUCCACCACUAAAAGAUUUCCAAGGUAAAAACAACCCAUUUUUAAUGCAAAAUACAACAAAAACAAUGACAAAUGCAAAUUUGUAUAAAAAACAAAGUAAACAUAAUGGUAAACAAAAUAAUUUCCAUACUAGGUUUUCUUUGCCAGUUCAAUUAAACCCACUGAUGGGGCCCAUAGUAAGACCACUUAAACGAAAAUUAAGUGAAAAAGAUAUAAUAAUAGGUCCUAAUGGAGAAGUAAAAAGAAGAAAAUAUAGAAGACCAAGAAAGUAUUUACAAAUGCAGUUAAAUAAAUCAUGCCCACUGCCUGAUGAGACACACAAAGCUGCCCCAAUGCAAGGCGAUAAUGCAUUGGUAGGACAACAGAAUGCACACAACAACAACGUGAAAUUUCACGGUAGAAGACUGAGACAGAGACAAGAGAAAAAUUACUAUGAAAAUGCGCGAAGGAAUACAAACAAUAGUACUAGUAAUAAUAAUAGCGUAAAGAGCCUGCAACUGAGUCCGCACAAAGCGAACAAUGUAGCCGCGGAGGUGGACGCUCAGCAGCUGUCGGCACUCAAGUCGAGCGUGCAGUCGUACUUCCGCGCCGGCCAGACGUUCCGCAUACUCGCGCGCCGCUUGUCACCCGCCGCACCGCCCGCCUAUCUCAUUGAGUGGGAUUCCAGCGCCUAGUGUACUCUUUGACCGACAUUUCAUGAAUUUAUUUAAAAUAUACAUAUUAUUCUUAUAAUAUAUUAUAAGUGCUUGUCUGUAGUCUAAUUUAGUUGUACAGUAAGAUUGAGGAAUGUGAUAUAUAUUAUUAUUCCAAUUUGA